AUGCCUCCUCGCAUGUCGCUCUCGUCCCCUCGCGCGACCGCGACAUUCAUCCGCCGCCUCUACUCCACCGAAACCGAACCUCUCAUCCGCGUCACCAACAUCCCCUCUGCUUCCUCUGGCCACAUUCGCGUCCUCGAGCUCAACCGCCCCAAGGCCCGAAACGCCAUCUCCAAGGCCCUCCUGACCGCUCUCCGCGCCGAAGUCGACGACGUCCAUGCGCAGUAUGGUCCCAAUGGCGAGGAGACGGGCGUAGCUAGGCCCGGCGUCAGCGCCAACCUGGGACCAACGAGGGCCUUGGUGUUGGCCAGCGCCGUCGAUGCCUGUUUCUGCGCCGGGGCAGACUUGAAGGAGCGCAGGGGGUUCACGCAGGAAGAAACGGCUGCAUUCCUCGCCAAUCUCCGCGGCACAUUCACCACCCUCUCCAACCUUCAAAUCCCCACCAUAUCAGCCAUCUCGUCCCUCGCCCUCGGUGGCGGUCUCGAGCUCGCUCUCUCGACACACUUCCGCGUCCUCUCGUCCAAUGCAACCAUCGGCCUGCCGGAAACGCGGCUUGGCAUCAUCCCCGGCGCAGGCGGCACCCACCGUCUCCCAGCCAUCAUUGGCCUCUCCAGAGCCCGAGACUUGAUCCUCACGGGCCGCCGUGUUGCGGCGCCGGAGGCGUACUUUAUGGGCAUUGCGGAUCGUCUGGUGGAAGUGGUGCCCCAAGACGAGCGUGAUGCUUCGGAUAUUUUGCCCGCCGCCCGCAAGACUACCCUAGCAGAGGCAGUUAGACUCGCCCAGGAGAUUUGCGAGGGUGGACCAGUCGCUAUCCGCGCCGGGUUGCAGGCCGUUGCGUGGGCGAGACAAGAGAAGGAGAAUGAGAUGUAUGAGAGGGUGGUGGCGACAGAGGAUAGGAAUGAGGCGUUGAAGGCAUUCCAGGAGAAGAGAAAGCCUGUGUUCAAGGGGCGGUAA